UUCGUUCUUGAGUUUAACACACCCGGAAGCGAGAGUUUGCCAUCUACAGGCUAGCUGUUAGCUUGCGCGAUGAAAGCACAAAAGAACCGGAAAACACAACAUAUAUAUAUUUUUUAACAACUUGGAUAAUAAAACGACGCGAUUGCAGAGCCGGCGUACUGAAUUGAACGGCCAACAUCACUGUAACCCGCCUCGCCGUAGCUCUCCGCUGCUCACUCGCUAACAUUAGCAGUGUAGACUCCGUUAGCGCUGUGGUUAGUUUUGGUGACUGCCUGGUGAUGGCUGUGGCACAUAGAGGUUGUGUCGUGGCUGGAUAUUUACUCCUGCUCCUGCUGGCUGGGUGCAAAGCAAGGAUACACAAGCUCACCUUGAAGAACGAAACCCGGUCUUCCGUGGACCUCAACAACUUUGGUUUCUUCCACAAUGGGACUCUAGACGUCAGCCUGCUCUCUCUGCGGCUCCCAGACCAGCUGGUGAACUACAGCGUCUAUCCUGUUGGUUUCACGCUCUCCAGGUCACGUGUGAACGGAGUCUUGUCCUACACAGCAGAGGAGACAGAAACAUGCCCACUCAUUCUCACAAAGCAGACCAACAACAACAACGAGCCUCUGAUUCUUUUUCUUAUUGAUAUCAACACGCUCAGUGUCAAUGUGAAAGUUAUAGGUAAACAAGACAACAUCUUGAUCGCCAAAAAAAAGGCUGAAGCACCAAAAGGUCAGAAAAAAACCAGGGAAGCUCCUGAUAAUCCUGAUAACGCCGCUAAACCAGCUGAGAAUAGUAAACCAGCUGAGAAUAGUAAGCCAGCUGAGAAUAGUAAGCCAGCUGAGAAUGUGGACAAAAGUGAAGACAAACCAAAAGUUAACUUGCCUCCCAAGGAAGAUGAUAACACGCCUAAACCGGAAAACGAAACAUUCCUGCUGGAGAAGAUCAGCCAAAUGACUUUAGCCUUGGACAAAGUUGACGAUGCCUACAACUUCCGUUUCCAAAUGGUGGUCGGCCUGGUGGCAGAGGGUCUGUACAGCCUCAAGUUCCACUAUUGUCAGAACAGAUCGCCUGGAAUCAAACUGCCCUACUCGUUCACUGUGGAAGUGACAGAGAAGAAUCCGGAUGGCUACCUGUCUGCAGCAGAGAUUCCUCUGUCUCGUCUUUACAUUGGUAUGGCUGGAGUCUUCUUCACCGCUGCCAUGGUCUGGGUGUACACACUCAUGAAGCACAGGUACAGCGUGUUUAAGAUCCACUGGCUGAUGGCAGCACUGGCCUUCACAAAGUCCACAUCACUGGUUUUCCAUAGUAUCAACUAUCACUUCAUCAACACCGAGGGGCAUCCUAUUGAAGGCUGGGCCGUCAUGUAUUAUAUAACACACUUGCUCAAGGGGGCUCUCCUGUUCAUCACACUGGCACUGAUUGGCACCGGCUGGGCUUUUGUUAAAUACAUCCUGUCUGACAAGGAAAAGAAGAUCUUCAUGAUCGUAAUCCCUCUCCAGGUUUUGGCUAAUGUCGCCUACAUCAUUAUCGAGUCUACAGAGGAAGGCUCCAGUGAAUACUAUCUGUGGAAGGAGAUCCUCUUUCUGGUUGACCUCAUCUGCUGCGGAGCCAUCCUUUUCCCAGUUGUCUGGUCCAUCCGUCAUCUACAGGAGGCUUCAAGCACCGAUGGCAAAGCUGCCAUGAAUUUGGAGAAACUCAAGCUCUUUCGGCAUUAUUAUGUGAUGAUCGUAUGCUACAUCUACUUUACGAGGAUCAUAGCCAUUCUGCUCAAAGUCACUAUGCCCUUUCAGUGGCAGUGGUGCUAUGAGUUUUUGGUGGAGGUGUCUACUCUGAUCUUUUUUGUGCUGACGGGCUACAAGUUCAGACCAGCGUCCAAUAACCCCUACCUCCAGCUUCCCCAGGACGAGGAGGAUGUAGAGAUGGAUGAAGUAGUGACCGAGUCAGGAGCACUGGAGGGUAUUUCCAAAGUCAAGAAAACCUGUAACGGACGUGAUCGCCAGAAAGAGUCCACCUUGUGAGGCGGAAGCUGCAUCUUCGGGGGAAGGGGGGGCCCACUAAACAUCCCCGGGCCAGCUGGUACAAAGGGGUGCACACGGACCGAAGGCUUCCCACCCCCAGUGACAGCUUUCCUUUUUGAAACUCUAUAAGUGGUUGCAGUGGUCGAGCCCACUGUCUGGCUAUGCAAAAAAAAGGACUAACUUUGUUGGACGCUCUCCAUUUCCUCAAAACACCUCCACCCAGAAACUUUCAGAAGGAAACAGGCUCCUGCCACAUAGAUGGGUGGAGAUAUGGAAAGGAGGUCUGAUGUUCUAUAGAUUUUAACUCUCUCUCUC